AUGAGCGGGGAGGCCGAUCUUGAUGCGGCGCGUGUGGAUAAGGAGGGGCACAUUAUGCUGGGCCCCUGGAGGAAAAGGGAAGGCAUCCAUCUGGGGCACUUGGAAAUGCAGCUUCAACAACUGCAAGCCCAGCGCACGAGAGAAAAGCGGCCGCUAACAGAAGAGGCCAAGAAGGUCAUGGAAUACUGCAAACGCUUCAAGCCACUCACGAAUGAGUCUCAAGCAGACAAAGUCAAGAAGCAGAUGACCGGAUUGCAUCUCCAACGCAACAGCCGCAAGCUCAUCAAGCGUUGCCGGGACUUCGAGGCCACACAGCUUUUCAACCUCAUGCCUGCCACUCCGGACGAAGCAAGGAAGUUGAUCCCCACCCUGGAGGGCAACCACCACCUGGAUGACCUCCUGGAAGAGCUGUCCGCGCUGAAGAAGUACGACCGCAGUGUUCAGUAG